GAGAAAGUGCUGCUUUGUGAAUGAGAGGAGCGGCGGAGGACACAAAACUAAACUUUACUCGCAUUAUUCCACACGGGUGGAGGUGUUUUUUUCACGCUGAACGCGGAGGUUUCGGACGGUGCAGCGAGGAGCGCAGCGGACAUUACAGAGCUUCAGAGAAUCUGUUGGAAACCAUGUGGCUAACGUUAGCCUGCGCCGCCUGUCUCUGCCUGUUGGUGGCAGUCAGCGGCGAGCCCUGCCUCAUCAUCAGCGAGGUCAACGCCGACAACCCGCGCCUGGACACCACCGAGUUUGUGGAGCUGUAUCACACCAGCGGACAGCGCGCCUCGCUGGACGGCUACACCCUCGUCUUCUACAACGGGAACGGAAAUGUCGCCUACAAGGUGCUGGACCUCAAAGGCCACAGCACAGACGACCGAGGGUUUUUCCUGGUGGGCUCCGUGGACAUGCUGCCCAAACCCGCCAUCCUCCUGCCCCCGAACACGGUGCAGAACGGCCCGGACGCCAUCGUCCUCUACCACACGUCUGCUGCCCGCUACAGCGAGAAGAUGAACGUCACCUCUGCGGGAAUGGUCGACGCCAUCGUGUACAUGACUCGCCGCACCGGGGGCGCGGAGUUCCUCGCCGAAACCCUGACGCCCGGAGAACCCGCCUUCGUUGAAGACGAGACGGCACUGGAGGGGGACGAGUCCAUCGAGAGAUGCCUGCUGUCCGAGGAUCGCUGGGGCUUCCAGGUGUCCUCGCCGUCCCCCGGUCAGCGCAACAACUGCACGCCACCCGCUGCCCCGGCAACCAGCCCUGUCAUCACUGAGCUGAAGCUGGGAGGAGGACAGGUGGACGGGUUUGUGGAGCUGACGGACGCUCCUGCCGCUGUUCCUCUGGUGCUGGUGGUGCUGGACGGGAAAACGGACCGGGUCAGCGUGAGCGUGGACGUGAAGGUGGAGACAUCCUGGAACUCUUUGAUCUCCGUGACCAUCGAGAAGAAGUACAUGAAAGGUGAUGAGUCCGGCGCAGUGGCCAUUUACAGCGGCAGAGCUUCAGACUUCCCCGUGGGCAGCCCCCUCAGCCAGUUACAGCCUCUGGAUGCGUUUGUGUUUGCUGGACCUGGAGACAAGCCCAGUGCCAACCUCACGGAGACGCUCAUCCCGGGCAGGCAGCCGUACCAACUCAGCAACAGUUUGAGAGAAGGAGGUUUCUAUCUGAGUCGCUGUGGCGUUGCCUCCUGGUCCAGAGAUCCUGGCGUCUUCUGGGAGGCUCCACAAACCCCUGGACUGCCCAACCAGUGUCCCUGGCCAAAGAUCUGCCCUCACAGUAGUGUGAUCCCAGGAGGCUCAGACUCACUGCCUCACCUCCCUCCGUGGGGGAACAGUGACUUCCUGAUCAACGAGCUAAACACGGACACACCAGGUGCUGCCGAGGACGGCGAGUACAUCGAGCUCUGGCACCCGUCAGGGCGCCGGGUGUCCCUGCAGGGGAUCUGGAUCCUGCUGUUCAGCGUGCACAACAACAAACCGUACAGGGAGAUCAGCCUGAGUGGACACUUCACCACCUCUAAGGGCUACUUCCUGUUGGGCAGUGACCGGUUGGUGCCAGCGCCGUCGCUUCGCCUGCCUCCCAACACCAUCCAGAAUGGGCCGGACGCCGUGGCUCUGUACCGCAGCCCUUUUGGCCCGCCGUCGGCUGCACAGAGGGGGAUUCCCACUAAAGGCCUGCUGGAUGCAGUGGUGUACCGGCAGAGGGGGUCAGACAAAAAGGCGCAGGAGUUGAGCAAAGCUCUGACCCCGGGACAGCUGCCUCUGUUGGAGGAUCCGGAAGUUCUGCCCGGGGAUGAGUCUCUGAGCCGCUGCAGAGGCCUUUACCCGUACGACCUGUCUGCUUUUUCAGUGGCUCCGCCCACGCCCCUGAGAGAGAACAGCUGUCCUCGUCCGCCGCCUGCCCCCGAGGGCGUGGUCAUCAGCGAGGUGGCCAGCGGCCACUGGACCAAUCACAGCCUGCAGAGGGCGUUUGUGGAGCUGCACGGGCCUCCAAUGACGGACCUGCGAGGCCUGGUGCUGUCCGUGUUUGACCAGGAGCGCAGUGGCACCGUCAUCGCCCUGCCGCUGACCGGAUCUAUCGAUCAGGAUGGAGUUUACAUCGUUGGCAAUGUCACUGGAGCAGAUCAGAUUUUCCCAGAGGGCUCCACGGUGCCGGCGCGGGGAGCGGUCGUCCUGUGCUACGACCUGUUCAGCGUCUGCAGAGCCGGCACCGCUCUCACCAACUCCAGCCUCAGAGACGUGCUGGUGUUCAGUGAAAGCCAGCAGCUGCUCUCCUCUCUGUCCACCACCAGAGGGAGACAAGUGAUCCCAGCUGUCAGGUCGGUGGAAGACGGCGCCGUCUCGCUCAGUCGCUGUUCGUGCUGUGAAGUGAGAAGCCCCUCCUCCUGGACAAGCUCCUCCCCCACGCCUCACAGCACCAACCUCUGCCCGAGCCCGGCCUUUUCGAGUCAAAUUGACCUUUGCCUCGGCCCGCUGUCCACGGACUGGCAGGAGCAGUCGGGAGACUGCAGCGGCGCUCUGAUCCAGGGAAGGAGAGUUGCUGAUGUGGCCGACUACCUGGAGAGGAGGUGUCACUGUGGCAUCUCUGCGCUGUAUCUCCAAGGAGCCAACUUUUCAUGUGUGUCCGGGUGGCUGCGAGUGUGGGGGAACAUCCACGCGCUGUCCGACCAUCAGAAGGCCCUGAUCAUCCAGACGUCGCACACGAACCCUUCAUUGACUCAGGGAGACCUCUGCUCUGCUCCCACCACGGAUCGAUACACCAGCACAGCCUCGACCCUGGGUUUACAGAUAGGCCUGAUAAUCGCCGUGCUGCUGCUGCUCGGACUCGGAGCUGCUCUCUUCACAUAUUUCUACAGGAGGAGGCGUCCUCUGGACUAUUACACCAUGGAGCUGAGUGAGCAUGCGGAGGGUCUGUCCGAUCUAUAA